CAUAUGGAUUAUUUAUGGUGGUCUGCCUUUGCCGCAGUGUAAAUUCUCCGUUUUUAUUUUUCAUGCAUUUUUGAUAUAAUUUUUGUGUUUGACAAUCAUGAUGGAGGGCUCACUGAGUAAAUGGACAAAUGUGAUGAAGGGUUGGCAGUACCGGUGGUUCGUGCUGGAUGAGAAUGCUGGUCUUCUCUCCUACUACACGUCAAAGGAGAAGAUGACACGUGGCGUGCGGCGUGGCUGCGUGCGCCUCCGAGCGGCCGUCAUCGGCAUUGAUGAUGAGGAUGACUCCACGUUCACCAUCACUGUCGACCACAAAACCUUCCACUUCCAGGCGCGAGACGGUUCAGAGCGCGAGCGUUGGGUGCGAGCGUUAGAAGACACGAUAUCGCGUCACGGGCGGCGCGAGCGGUGGUCGCGCUGCGUGCCCGCACCCAGCCACCGCCACGGCGACCUCGAGCGACGCAUCUCCGAGGCCGACGCCUAUCUACAGAUCAUGAUAGAACUCGUUUCCAAAAUGAACACCAGGGUAUCAGAAAUACCAGAGCCACAUGAGAAGAGUAAAGGACAAGUCAUCCUAGACCACGCCAACGCAAUGUUGGAUAACAUAAAACAUUCCAUAGUGCUUCUACAAAUAGCUAAGAAUACCGUGAAUCCAGUGAAUGGCGUGUACCAGGGUCCCACCAAUCCUUCCCAACAUAUCAAACAAGGCAGUAUGAGUGAGUUUUCAACAAUAGGUACGGCUACAAUACUAUCAUGCCCGGAGCCGGCGCAGCGCGUGGAGCUGGGCGCGGAGUGCCGCGAGCUGGCCACGCCGACGCACGCGCCGCUGCAGUCGCUCGAACACAUGGACGCGCCGCGACAGGCGAUGUCCCUCCUCGUGCCAGACACGUCAUACUCAUCAUCGGAAGGGGAAGACGACUUCUUCGACGCCGACGACGGUGCUGAUGCUCCAGGGCCCAGCGCCAGUCGAACAUGCACGGAGGGCGCGGCGGCGCAGGAGUCGCACCCGGCGGGCGCGGAACUCCCGCGCACCAGAGACGGAGAGAUCGACUACGAUGCUCUAUACGAAGACGAGUCGGACAGUGACCUGGGGUCGAUGGAGAACCACGGCUCUGUGGUCACGCACCUGCUGUCACAGGUUAAGAUCGGCAUGGAUCUCACUAAGGUUGUGUUGCCAACGUUUAUCCUAGAGAGGCGAUCACUUCUAGAAAUGUAUGCAGACUCAUUCGCUCAUCCCGACCAGUUCGUCAAGAUAGUGGACCAGCCGACCCCAAAGGAGCGCAUGGUGCAAGUGGUCCGUUGGUACCUGAGCUCGUACCACGCGGGGCGCAAGUCCCAGGUGGCCAAGAAGCCCUACAAUCCCAUCCUGGGCGAGGUAUUCCGCUGCCACUGGGACCUCGAUGACACCAGCCCCGCUAAUGAUAAGCAAGAGGUAGGCGACGGUCCGGUCCCAUGGUGCACACCGGAUCAGCUGUCCUUCGUAGCGGAACAAGUGUCACACCACCCGCCGAUCUCGGCGUUCUACGCGGAGCACGUGAACAAACGUAUACAGUUCGAAGCCUGGGUUUGGACGAAGAGCAAGUUCCUAGGACUCUCCAUCGGAGUCCACAACAUUGGUAAAGGCACCGUCACGUUGCUGGACACUGGGGAAGAAUACACGCUCACAUUCCCCAACGGAUACGGCAGAUCAAUACUAACAGUUCCCUGGAUCGAACUCGGCGGGUCGGUCGUCAUCGAGUGCCAACAGACUGGCCACAAGGCGAACAUAGAGUUCCUCACCAAGCCCUUUUACGGUGGCAAGAAGCAUCGUGUCACAUGUGAAAUAUUCGCCGCCAGCGACAAGAAGCCGUAUUAUACCGCGCAAGGCGAGUGGAACAGCAGAAUGGAUGGGCGCUGGACUGAUUCUGGGCGCUCGGAAGUGGUGUUCGACGUGUCGAGCAUGAAGCCGCGGCGCAAGCGCGUGGUGCCGGUGGGGCGGCAGGCGGCGCACGAGUCGCGGCGCGUGUGGCGCCACGUGACGUGUGCGCUGCGCGCCGCCGACUGCGACGCCGCCACGGCCGCCAAGCGCGCCGUGGAGCAGGCGCAGCGGGACGCCGUCAAGCUGCGGGACGCCAACGCCGAGAAGUGGCUCACGCAGCUGUUCAGCCCGAAAGGCGAGGAGGGUUGGGAGUACAACACACCCCUAACCAAACGGAUGGAGAAACCCAAGGCCGACACCGCCGAGAACACCAGAUAAUGUACUCUAUGCGGCACGACUUAAGGUAGAACUUCAACCUUGUAGGUUACCUAGGACAUUUCGUGGCGCACCAAAAUGCUAUUCGCUUAUAAUCUUACAAAUUCGGGAUUUAGCCUGUUCCGGUCUUCGCCAUACUUCUUAUAAAAGUCUCGUAUAAGCGCAUGUAUAAAGCACUGUUACACUUUUGAUUGUAUGAACGAUGGAUUAAAAAAAAAUGGUACCGAGAAAUUCGGUACUUUGACUUCGAAAUACCUGUAUUUGUACAUUUGUACUCCUUUAAAUAUACCUUGAUUUCAUUUGACGGCUUGAGAACAAUACAUAUCUUCUACCGGAGCAGACUCCUACUUCGAACCCCAAACGAAUUAACUCAAAAGUCCGCAUAAACUUUCCAGUUAUGAAGGGGCUUCUUGCCACGAAGCGAAAAUAGAUACACUUUGUUUAUUGAAUAUUAAGGUUUAAUAACACUAUCGCGAAUGUUUUCCGACUAGCUUAAUGCGAUCAUCAACCACAAAACACCACUUCGUAUUAAUUAUUUAGAUUAUUCAAUGAAGAAAGCAACCAUGCCGUUCACGUUCCCGCCAAAAAGCUUCCCGCCAUAACCGCUCAACAAUUAUUAGGCAAAAGUCUUGACGCAUACAGCCAAGUGUGUUUUUUUUUUUAUUAUUAUUAAAAUGACUGUCCUAAUAAUGCUAUAUUUUUUUCCAGCUGUCAAAUUAAUCAAACUAUAUUUAAUGGAGUGUGAUGUCUUUACAAAUAUCUCAACUAAAUAUAAUGGUCUGGCAGAAUUUUAGUUGAUCAAUAGAAUCCAUAGAAGAUCAAUCAUGUUAAUGCAUCGUGCAGUAGGCCUUGUAAAGCAAUAACUUCCAGGCAACUUUAGGGUUUAGAAUGAAUGAUUGAAAAUGCCUCCCCAUUAUAGUUUGAGAUAUUUAUAUAAUUUAUGUACCGACGUAACGAGCUGCCAAUUUUUUUUUUAUGAAAAAAAAAAAUACAAUCGGUACAGAUUUCUGCAGAUACCGGUAUUUUAAGCCGUUGCAGUGUUUGUGAAGCGGUUUGUGAAAUGAAAACUGGUGAGUUCGCAAAUGUAAUGGGUUACGGGAUCCUAAAUUUUGUGAUGCAAACGUAAAUGUACGUUGUGAUAGAGAACUAUUUCUGAACCGUAGUGUAAUUGUGAUUUAGCUAAAACUGCAUAUUGGACAAUGUCAACUUUUUUUAACGAAUAUAAUAAUAACAAAUAGCCUAUACAGGGUGUUAGUGACAUCGUAACGAAUACUGAUGAGGGUGGUUCACACCAUGAUUCUGAGUGAUAUCAAGCGGAAUUUCCUGUCGGAAAAUUCAUGAAAAUUCUUGUUUUUUUUUUCUUAAAUUAGUUUCAGUCAUAAUCUUGCGACGGAUAAUUCCACUUAAUGUCAACUCAGAAUCAUGUUCUGAAUCAUCAUUCAAAGUUUUCGUGACGAUCUCACUAACACCCUGUAUAUACGCUUUACUACUGGGCACAGGCCUCCCCUCAAUCAACUGAAUGUGAAAAAAUGUAACAGUACAGUUUAACUAAUACAUUUUUCUACCACUUACCACAGGCACUUACAGGCUUGGAACAUAGAUGAAUAUACCACUGACUACCCCAGUUGGGAAUAUCAUCAUGAGCUGUUAAUGUUAUGUCCAUGGUCAUUUGAUGUCAUCAUCCCCCUAGCAUUAUCCCGUUUUUCACAGGGUCCGCUUAGCUAACCUGAAGAUUUGACAGGUCCAGUUUUUUACAGAAGCGACUGCCUGUCUGACCUUCCAACUCGCGGAGGGAAAACCAGUCCAACACAGGUUAAGUCACAUACCUCCGAAAAUGCAUUUCUCGGGAAUGUGGGUUUCCUCACGAUGUUUUCGUCGAUGUAGCAUUCUCCAUGCUACUUUUUAGGGAAAAAUAGGGCAGUGGUUUCCCUCUUCCGCCCCGCAGUACCCUGUCUGACGCGAGUGUAAUGGCGCCCAGAGUAGUCUAUUACAUUUUUGGCAUUGUUCAAUAUGUUUUAUACCUUCAAAUUGUUUAAAAUGUAAGUCCGAAUCUUAAAACUAUAUUUUUCUGUCUAAGGUAUUAAUUACAAGUUAUCCAUUUAUCGGGUACUCUUAACAAUCAAUUUGAUCCCCCAAAUUUUAAGAUUUAUAUCAAAUCAGAUCCCAACAGUGGGAUCAAGUAGGCUAAUAAAAAAUAGGUAUUAUAUACAUUACCCAGAUUUGAAGUCUGUAGUAAAAUAUGGUUGUAAACACCUCAGUUUGAUUAAGAUUGAAAAAGGGUCGAGUAAAAUGGAAUGGGUGAAUAUCAAAAUGUCAAGUUUGGUGGCGAAUUUUCAUAUUAUUUUUUCGUGAAAAAUUGGGUUCCGACAUGAAAAAGGAUAGUUCUUACGAGGAACGAGUUACCUCGUGAGAAACAAGUUACCUUGUAGCUGGAACUAUCCUUUUUCAUGUCGGAACCCAAUUUGUCACGAAAAAAUAAUAUGAAAGUUCGCCACCAAACUUGGCACACUUUGAUAUUCACCCAAAUACACUCGAAACCCGCCGACCCGUCGGCUAAUGUUGGCAACAUUAUGUUGGCUGUUUGGCUGGUGGCUUCAGUCAUUGCAAGUUGGAAAACUAAAAUGACGCCGAGCACCUUAGCACGUAGAUUACGCAAGUCAGCGAUAUGUCGGCGGGUUUCUAUUGCCUUCAUUAUUUUUUUCAUACAGGCCCUCGAGUUGUGUCGCUUUUGGUGUGUUAUACGCAACAUAAUACCGUAGACAGCCCAUUUUAUUCCUAUUUCUAAUUUGACCAACGUGUUAUUUCUAGUUUUUAUACCCUUGACUCUUAAAUUGUUUUGUAAUUUAACUGUUAAAUGGCCUAUCGAUGUACUGGAGUAAUAGAGGCAAUAUUGUAAAUAUAAAGCUGUAUGCAUUUGUGACUUCUGUUAUUCACGCUAAGCACACGCUAGACAGGACGGUGUUUGUUUAAUUGAGUCUUUAUCUUGACAGAUAGAAAUAUCCUAUAACUCUUCUUCUAUCGUGUGAGUUGUGUGGUGGAUUACUAACCCCAUCAACCAUAGUAUCAGGGUUAUUAAUGAGCCGCCAAACGCCCCUGACAUGACUCAUGUAACGACUACAUACUUACAUCAGUAAGUAGUAAAGUAAACCUUCCGAAGCACGGAUCACCUUAUUUUCGGACAAUCAGGUGAUCAGCCUGUAAUGUCCUGACCAAACUAGGGAUCACAAAGUGAUUUUUAUGAUAUGUUCCCCACCGGGAUUCGAACCCGGGACCUCCGGAUCGUGAGCCCAACGCUUGCGGUAAGGGUAUGCAAAAUCACAAGAUAGGAUUUCAAUCUUGUUAAGACAGAAACUUGAGUUAUGCGAACACCUUACAGAUCGGCUUUACCACAAAACUGUAUUUGGCACUUUAAGAAUGACAGCUAGGCAAAAUUUAACUGUAAAGGGUUGUUAACAAGUAUCUUAAAUUUAUGGGUUUUUCAUUAUCAUUCCAAAAUAGACAUAAAUUAAUUGUCAAAUGUGAAUACAGAAUCGAAAUUCUUUAAAAAUGUAAUAGUUACAGUCGUCCGACCUAAUUCAGAGAGUUAAAAAGAAAUGGCGUGGAAUUCUCUGCCGUCUUCUGUAUUUCCGAAUGCAUAUAACCCCUGUGCUUUCAAGGGCAGAGUGAACCGGCACCUUUUGGGCGAGCUCGCUCCAUCUUAGACCUCGUCAAUGCCUUCGGGAAAGUCUGGGACCUAGAGCAAACCCAUCAAAGGUAAAAAAAUGGCAACAACAGAUUGACAAGCAACAUACAAAAUAACGUUGUGCUAGAACAGGACGGAGUAUACCACUAAUUAUAUUUCAGGCGUUAUUUCAAAUGACUAUAAAUUUGCUUGGCUGUCAAAUUCUUUAAAACGUGCUAAACACUAAAAACUUUUUAUGUGGUAAGAUAAUGUUUUUAACUGGGUAAAGGACUAAGUAUGUAAUAAUAAGACGCUUUAAAAGACCCUCUAAUUCUUAGCUUUUUUUUUGAUAAACCUCAUUCGAUAAACGAUUAAAAAAAAUAACUCGUUCUUGAGUGAUGUUUGCCAAUUAAAGGCAAUAAUUCAUGUUUAUACAUAUAACACGGAGACGCCAUUGUUUCACAAUAACGAUUGUUUUAUAAAGGUUAGGUUUAUUUUCUUAUUCGGUUUCAUUUCCCAUUCGUUUACAUUUCUUAUACGUUAAAAUAUUGUUAUAAAAUGUGUAAUAGUCGUGCAAAUAUCGACUAGAUUUUUUGAAACCACUGCGAAUGUUAAAAGGAAAAAAUCUUUAAAAGCUUAGAGAGAAAAUUUGUAAUAUAUAAGAUGAUAUUAAAAACGAUGAUCUUAGAAAUAGGAGAGUAAAAAUUAGAUGGGUAAUAGACUAGAGAUUAGAAUGUUUUAUCUUUUACUUGUACAUUAAAUACUUACUUUUUAUAAAUACCAGAAAUUAAAAAGUAGGUUAAAAGUAGAUCCUUGAAUGGAAGGUUUGUGCUACUGAUAUGUGUAAUGCUCAUAGGACCGAGUGUGCGUAGGAUACUCGUUCAAAUAUUUUGAAGUUAGAAGUACUGUUUGAUAACUUACGAAAAGGCAAGGCAUUUUUAUACUUUAUAAUUGAAUAAAUAUUGCUAUAUUUUUUCUUUAGGUUAUGCUCUUCAAUAUUAUGAUAAAUGACCACUAAUAUGUAAUGUCAAAGAGAAACUUUUUUGUAUAAAGAUACCUAGACAUCGGCACUACAGUUAAUACGCCAUUUUGAAAAUAAUGCUUCGGAUUUUUCAAGAUGGCGGAUAGGUAUGCUAACGAAAUUCGAUGUAAUUUAUAUGUAAAAUAAACGAAAAUGUACCGUUAUCUAAAUGAGGUUAAGGUUUAUUGUAGUUUUCCAUACUUAGUCCUUACCCUACUUCAUAAAUAUAAAAUGAUAAAAAAGAAACGUAAUAAUAGUGAAAAGACUGAUCAAUGAACGAAUCACAGCGAGGAAAGCAAUGAAGACACAUGCAAAUAUAACUAUAUCCCAUCACAUAGACUUAUUUAAUUAAUAGUUAAACAAUGUUGUAUAUUUCAAUAAAAAAUUACGUUUAAAUUUA